AUGAGCGACAAACCCAAACCACUCAAGGUCUUUGGCCGCUCCCACUAUGCUUGUACCCGCUGCAAGCUCAGCAAGAUCAAGUGCCUGGGAGAGAAGCCUGCUUGUGCUAAUUGCAAGGCCGUCAACAAGGAGCAGCAGUGUGUUUAUCCGCUGCGUGACCGCAAGAUUGUCAUUAUGGAGUCCGACUUGAACAAGCUCCAUGAGAAGGUCCGUAUGUUGGAGGACUUGGUGAAAUGCCAGGCGCUGUACUCAGACCAACAAAACCUGCUGUUUGAGCUGUCUUUGGUCCAGAAACGAACCUCCAAAGGCCUGGCCGCCGUGCCCGAGCUGUACUUGUUGCCUGAUGCCGAAAACGAUAGGGUUCCACUCAAACUCUUGCUUCUCUGCCGCCACCAGUUGCCCGAUCAACACUACACCUGGCAGUUGCUUAACGCCGUGCUGUUGACCUACUCCCGAGAGUUCUACAUCAUCGAUUUGGAGGCUCUCCACCCGUUGGUCAAUCGCAUCUACCUGUUUUUCCUGGUGCCCGACUUGGAAACCGUCCCGAUCCAGGACCACAUCCCGCUGCUUUCCCUCAGCUACUUCUUUGGCCUUUUGGCCUUUGGCGAGCAGAUGAAGAAUAUGACCUUGGAGCUGCUUCCUCCUUCCAUUCUCGCUGCUACGGGAGAACCUCACAAGUUCCCCGGCAUCGAAUACUACUCCACCGCCGCUCGCCUUUUCUCCUUGGCUCACGAGGAUAUGCUGGUUCAGUUCAUCCAAAACGCCUUGGUCUUGGGCUUGUACGUGUGCAACUUGAACCGCUACAACACCGUCAACAACUACUUUGGCGUCGCUGUGCGUUCGGCUGUGGCUAACGGCUUCCACCGCAAAAUGGCCACGCCCCGUUUGUUAUCGGAUGAGCAGCGGCGUGAACAUCUCAUUUUCGAAGAGAAGACCAAGCGACUCUGGUGGUCCAUUUUCGUCAUUGACGUUGUCUGGGCCGCCAAAAUGAACAUGCCUGCUUACAUUGACUACACCGACACCGAUGUGGCUUUACCCAACGACAGCCCGAUCUUGGACCUCAACGACAAUUUCAACACCGAGAUCUUGGAGGCAAACGUCCACUUGGCCAAGUUCAUCGCCAAGUACAACCGCUUGAUCUACGGGCCCAGCAUCCGCACCUUCACCAUGAACUACAUCAACACCGAGCAGUUCAACCAAAAGAUCCUCAUCAAAAACAUUAUCCACUCCCUCAACGACUUGCAGACCCUGUUUGAGACCCCGACGCUCUCCGACUACAAGCAUGUAAAUAUCAUCUCGCUGCCAGACAGAAACGUUGCCAACUUGUUCUUGCGGUACAACCAAAUGACCAUCCUCAUCGCAAAGCCUUUGCUUUCGUUGAUCCUCAACAAGGGCAAUCGCUCCCUCAUCAACGAGCCGGCAAAGGUCAUGGACUCUAUAGCCACUAUCGCAGCUUCCUCUGCUCGCUCGGUUGAGACUCUUCUCAAACUUUACGAGUACAACAAGCUUUUCGUGUUGGGUUUCUGGGACAGUCAGCAUUUAUUGUCUGCCGUGCUUCUUCUUGUGAUGGCCUCUGUUGCUGGUGUUUACUACGAAAAUCUCAACAAGGCCACCGCUUUGCUCAAGUACAUGGCAGAAAACCAGAACAUCAACGCUAUAAAUGCCAUGGAGAAGCUCGUUCAGGUGAACGGCUUUUUAAGCCGAAUUCCUGAAAUAAGUCUCCGAUUGGAUCUUGAGCUGGACAUUACGAGAUUUGUGAACAAAAAAUCUCCCUCGAUCAACGAUCAGCCCAACGGGCACACUGUGCCGUUCUUCAACCCGUUUUCGGAGUUGGCCUUGGACACUAACUACCUCAGAAACAUCCGGUCACCCGAUAUUCCGCUUUACGAGCAGUUUGGCUUCCACAAAAUGAGCCAACCUUCGCAAGAAGCUUUUUACGACAUGAUUACGACGCUACAAAGCUGGGACAACUUCCGUGGGCUCCCCAUCCAUGUGUAUGGCACUGGGGUGACCAGCGAGCAGGAGCCGCAUCAGCAGAACCAAAGCCAAGCCACCAGCAACUUCAAAAUAGGCAACAUCAUCCAAGGAUGA